AUGGCCGACUCUAUUCCAUCCUUCAAACGAGUCGACUUCGAACCCGACAGUCUCCCGGCGACCGGACCCAGUGCCCGCGAUGAAGCCGCCCCUGCGGUGUCCUCCUCCAGCGCCCUCGCCCGCUUCGAGUUCGAGUCCGGCCGUGGGAACGACGGCACGAAGAUCCUGAUGGUCGAAUGGUCUGACGACGACGACACGGAAAAUACAGGCGAUUGGGAAGUGUCCUGGGAAGGCAAAUCAACUGUCCUAUCGGCGAAGGAUGGCGCCGAGGGGAAGCUGCAUCGGCUAUACUUCCUGCUCCCGCCGAGGUCGCCGGUGCCCCCGAUAGUGAAGCUGGAGCAGAGGGGUGGGAAAACCAUGCAGACGAAUCCACUGCCGGCCAUCUUCCCGCCUGCGUUGGGCGUGAGCGCCACGACAGCGGGGAAGAAGGGCGUGCUACAUACGGUGUGGGCGAAGAAACGGCUGUCUGUGCUGCAGAGGGAGAUUGAGCAGGAGAGAGAAAAUGGCGAGGGUGUUGGGCUGGAGAUGGCCGUGCAAGAGAAGGCUUGGAUUGAACACAACUUUGGUGUCGGCGCGAAGGGUCUUUCGGAUGUGUCAUCGGCGAGUCCGAAAUCUCCCUCGGGAAGUGGGCGGUUGUCUGAGAAGUUAAGGGGAUUGAAGCUUGGGACAAGUGUCUCGGAGUUAUCCUCGACCACGGGUCACGAUCCAGCCGGGAACAAUCCCCUCUCUCCAGACCACGGCGAUGUCGCCGUGUCCUCUUUCUCCCUCUUUCACGGCCAUACCGCUCGCCCACCGCGGGCUGUGGCCCAACAACCCCCUCAGCACCUCUUAGCGAUGCAAAACGACUCCAACCGAGUGAGCUCGCUAGACGCCAUUGCCACUGGCUUCAUCCCCUCCAGGAACGAGACGGAAACCGAGGACGAUUUGUUUGCCGUCAAAUUGAGCCCACGGAGCCCGGAGAUGAAGAAGAGCCCGUUCAGCUUCUCGACGAGCGACACGGCGCGGUGGAUCAAGACUGACGAGUGA